AUGACCUCACAUUCUCCACCUCUUGUCCAAUUCGUUCCAUUCUCUUCAGCAGUAGAAGCUCCAUUUUGGCAUACUCUCUCAACUCGCAAAAUCGAUCUAUACAAACUCGAUGACACACCUCAAAAUAUUGUAGGUUACUAUUCUACUGGACACACUUUAACAAACAGCAAAGACCUCACGGAAGUUAAUGUGGUACUACCAUCGAGGCUGUGUCUUGGUACUGGAGCCUUUGAUUCGGAUGAAGCUAUUGGUAGUUUGCCACCGUUUACGUAUCCUUCGGUUGGAACAGUAAAAAUCACGAAUACCAUUGAAGAAUUCAAAAGUCUGGAUAAGCAAGCCUUGUUCAAAACAACUACCGAACAAAUUUGGAACGACAUUGUAAGCGGGAAAGCCAUAGAGAAUCCAUCUCUUCUUACUCGAUUCCUACUUAUUACUUUUGCCGAUCUAAAAAAAUAUAAAUAUCACUAUUGGUUUGCCUUUCCUGCCUUCCUUACCGAUCCUGCUUGGGUUAUUGGUGAUAAUGGAAAAGUUUCCGGUAUUGAAGUUUGGAAUCAGGACGAGAUUCAAAGCUUUCGUGUAAAUUUUGAGAAAUUCAGCCAGGUUAAAGUUGAUCGUAACUCUGGUUUCUUUCUAAUUAAAGAAAGAAUUUUGGAAGAUAAUAAAAAAGAAAUAGUUGUUGGGAGUUUAUCUGAAUGGGAAACAUUCUUUGAAGGGUUGAGUGACGAUGAGAGAAUUGUAGGAUUUGUAGACCCAUCUAGUUUACCUACAAAUCCUGGAUGGCCUCUACGUAAUUUUUUGGUUCUUUUGCAUCGGCAAUGGCAUGUCAAAAAAAUAAAAGUACUCUGCUAUCGAGAAAUUGUAGGAAAAAAAGAUAUCUCUCAAAGUAUCUUUUUGACGGUCGAACUGCCGACUGAACCGAAAAUUUCAGAUGAAGGUCCAAAAGCCGUUGGUUGGGAAAAAAAUGCACAGGGCAAACUAGGUCCCCGAACAGCGGAUCUUGCACCACUUAUGAGUCCCGAAAGCUUAGCCGAUACCUCGGUUGAUCUCAAUCUAAAAUUAAUGCGAUGGCGAAUAGUGCCUUCCUUGGACCUGGAAAAAAUCAGAGACACAAAAUGUCUUUUAUUAGGAGCUGGAACUUUGGGUUGUUAUGUUGCAAGAACUUUAUUGGGAUGGGGUGUUCGCAAUAUUACCUUUGUUGAUAAUUCACGCGUUUCUUUUUCUAACCCUGUACGACAACCUUUAUUCUUCUUUGAAGAUUGUUUGGAUGGCGGUAAGCCAAAAGCUCAAACCGCUGCAGAGAAUUUAAAGAAAAUUUAUCCGGGGGUCAAUUCAGAAGGCUAUGAGAUUAAUAUCCCGAUGCCUGGUCAUCCUAUUUCAACACUGAUCAAAGCACAAAAAGACGUCAAUAAAUUGACUCAAUUGAUUCAAUCACACGAUGUGAUUUUCUUAUUGACAGAUAGUCGAGAAAGUAGAUGGUUGCCCACUUUGAUGGGAGCAAGUAUGCAAAAGCAAGUCAUAAACGUGGCAUUGGGUUUCGACACUUAUUUAGUAAUGCGGCAUGGUGUCAAGAGUAACGAUAAUACAAAUUCUGAAAAAAAGGCUACCAACGAAGCUGAACAUAGCUUGUCGGGUGUAAAACAACUAGGCUGUUAUUUCUGUAAUGAUGUAGUUGCGCCAACGGAUUCUCUGAAGGAUCGUACACUUGAUCAACAAUGCACAGUAACAAGACCAGGACUAGCGCCUAUUGCUGGUGCUCUGGCAGUUGAGUUGAUGGUAUCUGUUUUACACCAUGAGAAAGGCGCUGCAGCACCAGCUCACUCGAAUCUUUCAAUUUCUGAAUCCUUGUCAUCCGUCACCGAUUCCCCACUUGGCAUCAUACCUCACCAGAUCCGCGGAUUCCUCACACACUUCAACAAUAUGAUUAUUGUCGGUCAAGCGUAUAACAGAUGUACCGCUUGUUCCGACAUUAUAAUUGAUGAAUACCGUAAACACGGAUUUGACUUUUUGUUACGCGUGUUUAAUAGUUCGUCGGAUAGUUAUUUGGAGGAAGUUACAGGGUUGGCGCAGUUACACGCUGAUAGCGAGGUUGCUGGAGAUUUUGUUUGGGAUGAAGAAGAUGAAGAUUCGAAACUUGAAUAA